UCGGGACGGCUUCGGCGGCCGCGGGGCGGGGCGAGCACUCUGCCGAGCUGCUCUGCCUGCGUCCGCUCUUCGCGUAGCAAAGGGUGGGCGCAGGUCCUCGGAGGCGCAGGACUGCACGUCAGACAGAAAGAAACUUUGGGGCGCCUUGGAGUGCCGGCUGACCGGGCGAUCGGUUGGCUCUUCGUGCGCGGUCUUUAGGUUUAGCCGCUCAAAGAAGCGAGAUGUCGAAGCCGCCUCCCAAACCAGUCAAACCAGGGCAAGUUAAAGUCUUCAGAGCUCUGUAUACAUUUGAACCCAGAACUCCAGAUGAAUUGUACUUUGAGGAAGGCGACAUUAUCUACAUCACUGACAUGGUAACUUCAGCAAAUCACUUGGGCACUCUCAACAUUGGGCUUGCACUUUUUAUUUUCAAUCUAGUGGCUGAGCAGGCAGAGUCCAUUGACAAUCCACUGCAUGAAGCUGCAAAAAGAGGCAACUUGAGCUGGUUGAGAGAGUGUUUGGACAACCGAGUGGGUGUUAAUGGCUUAGACAAGGCUGGAAGCACUGCCUUAUACUGGGCUUGUCAUGGUGGCCAUAAAGAUAUAGUGGAAGUGCUAUUUACUCAGCCAAAUAUUGAACUGAACCAACAGAACAAGUUGGGAGACACGGCUUUGCACGCUGCUGCCUGGAAGGGUUAUGCAGACAUUGUCCAGCUGCUCCUGGCAAAAGGUGCUAGAACAGACUUACGAAACAAUGAGAAGAAGCUGGCCUUGGACAUGGCUACUAAUGCUGCCUGUGCAUCUCUCCUGAAAAAGAAGCAGGGAACAGAUGCACUUCGAACAUUAAGCAACGCUGAGGACUAUCUUGAUGAUGAAGACUCAGAUUAAUUCUCUUCGGGAGCUUUGAGACCUAAAACUUUUUUUUCCUUUUGCCAUUCCAAAACCUUAUUGUUGCCAGAAGAGUAUUGGUAACUGUAAGAAAAAAGAAAAAAAAAAAGUAUAUAUGAACGUUGCGGUGUUGCACUGUGAUUGAGUAGAACGUGGAAAUGAAUAGUUUUCACCUUCAUUUGCCAAUAAGUAACCAGAUACUUUGCUGUAUAAAAUACAUUUAUGUUCACCAGUGUAGAACAAGAAGAGAUUAUUUCUAUUUAUCAAGCUAAAAGAAUUUAAGGAUUUUUUUUUAAAUUGGGAUAUUUUGGGGGAGGGCUGGGGGUUCUUUACCUCAAGGAUUGAGAUAUUUUGAAUAGAUUUUUUUUCAAGGGGGGGAUGCUUAUUAUAAUAAUAUACCAAAAUACUUAAUAGGAAAUUGUCAGCUAUUCUGACAAAAAUAAACAUUUUAAGUUACUUUA